GCCAGAACUGAGCAUCUACUUUAGUCAAUCCUCUUUGGUUAUAAUAUAAUAGAGAUCAGUGGCAUAACUGGGCAUAACCUGUUGGUGAUUGUAAUUGUUUGCUGUUUGCUUAUUGUUUGUUAUUGUUUUGUGGAUAUUUAAAGUGGAUUACGAAUGGGUAAUUGAUUAACUAAUCAUGGGGGAUCAGGACGAUUCGGAGGAAGAUGUUGUCAUAGAAGGUAGUGAUCUAUAUAACGUCCUGAAACAAAUAGGAUCUCCAGAAUUCGAAUGCACACCUGUAAAUAGAUCAGAAUUCCCAGAUAAUUGGGAUGAAUCUGACGAUUUCAAAAAUCAAGAUACACCUAAGUAUUCUUGUCUCUCGAAUAUAUACCAAAGUAUCAAGAAUUAUUUCUCUUCCAAUGAAGAUGGAAAUAAAAAAGUUUCAUAUGGAUUAAAAGAACUCGAGAUAAUUCUUCAGUUGGACCCACUUCUUGACGAUCAUUCUUCAUUUAUUCAGAGUAUCCUGAAGGAUCAUCUGGAUUUGCAAACUUAUGAUGAUAAAAAAACUGCAUUCCCCUUCAGGAUCCUUUCAGGAUCAUUACUCUUCACAGCCUCAUUCCUCUCCCCAAACGUAAGGAUCCAUGGACUAAUCACAGCACUAUCACUCUCAACCCUGACAAUCUAUCAAAAAUACUCAAGAAGAUGUGGCCUCCAACGCCUCAGGAGUCUCGUAUCAACCCAGAACAGAGUCUUCCACCUUCAGAGGAAGUCCUUGAAAAUCCUUCGGAAUGGAUACGGCUUGACCCUAGACUCCAACCGAGCUCGAAGAAAAUUUUCGGAUUUAGAGGUGAAUAGACUCCAAUACUUGCAACCAAUCUGCGAGGGAUUAUGUAGAUGCAUCGAGCAAUGCUCUAGGACAUUCUACAAGACCUCCUAUUCACUAUUUAGUCUACUGCCAUCACCCUUACAGUCAGCAAAUUUAAUAAACACAUUCGGGCAGGAUCCCUUCAAAAUUCAGGGGGAAAUUACGUACAAGAAAUUGCAGAGAUUCUAUUAUACGUGCAUCCUCGCGCAGUCAGACAUGAUGAUUUUAUUAUCAAUCGUCUUGGCUGACGGCUCGAGGAACUAUCGAAUGCAACUGAAGAUAUCCCGAAUCAUCAAUAAUCUCCGGAGGACGUUGACAACUCAUGAGAGAGGAUUGAGUUCCUUGAUAGAAGAACACUCAUCGUCGAAAACAGUCUCAAUUCCCAGGAGAGAUAAAAAAAAUGACAGUCUGAAGUACAGAGAUCUGUAUAUGCACGUGGAUUUGCUCUCGAGAAAACUCCAAACUGCCUAUUCAACGGUCUCGUCAAUCCUAGAAGAUAUCGAGAAUUCUCCAAGAGCAGGUGCAGAUGUGGAUUCACUGGUUUCGAUGAUGAAUGAGGCGUAUAAACAGGUCGACACAGCUCGUGAUUUCGCUGAGUUCAAUAUUUUAGUGAUGAAGAAACUGCAGAAUUGUGGAGGGAGUCACCAAGUUCCUCAUGAUGAGCCCGAGGAGUCGAUGGAGAGGGAGAAAUUACCAGUUAUUUUCGAUGCUGAUCCUCAGGUGAUGGACGAGUGUUUCGAGGAGUACAUCAGGGAAGAGUAUUUGAGACCUUUGUGUGAGGAUGAUGAUAUUUCUGUGGAGAGGGCUAAGAUGGAUGAGCUCCUGGAGAGGAACUUCAUGAGGGAGUUGAAAGGGGUUUUGGUGGUAAAGUACAGGAAUAUGUCUGAAAGAGAAGCCAGGGCGUUACUCAGGUGUCGAAAGGGUAGUUGUGGUGGGGACGGGGGAGGUGUGGGGAUUCCUGUGCCACCUCCAUUGCCCAUCAGGGAAGAUCAUUCGAGGGAGGAUGGGAGAAAGGAUCGGAGGCCUGUUCCUUUGCCUCGGAGGGGCACUAGGACAUCAGUUCCUGGGGAAGAUGAUGGGAACAGAGAAAGUGUCGGGAGUGAGCGGUUCUCGAUUAAAAUGGCUAUUGGGGGGAGGAUACCUGCUUUCACGGUUAAAGAGGAGACCUUCGUUGGGAGUGGAGAAAAUUCAGAAGAGGAACUCGCUGGCAGUGGCUGUGAAGAUGAUGAAAUUAUUGAUGGAUGAACAUGAAUUUGGAGUAUAUGAGGAGAGAUGAAAUUGAUGUUUUUUGUUCGUGAGAACUAUUGGAUUAUUUUGAUGAUACACGGAAAUGAUAUCGCUGAGUUCAAUAUAUUAUUAGUGAUGAAGAAACUGCAGAAUGAUGGAGGGGGUCAGCAAGUUCCUCGUAAUGACCCUGAGGAGUCGAUGAAGAGAGAGGAAUUGUCAGUUGUUUUCAAUGCUGAUCCUCAGGUGAUGGACGAGUGUUUCGAGGAGUAUAUCAGGGAAGAGUAUCUGAGACCUUUAGUUGUGAUGGGGACGGGGGAGCUGUGGGCAUUCCUGUGCCACCUCCAUUGCCCACCAGGGAAGAUCAUCCGAGGUAGUGUUUCCCGAUACCCAAAAAAACAUUGAUACUCAGUAUCGUAUUAAAGCAGAUUGCUUGGUAUCGAUACCGCAAAGUAUCGCCUUGGGAAAUAUCGAUACUCGUAAU